UAACACACCGUCGACCGGCAUCAUCUACUCUCUCUGCAAGUGUCACUUUAUCUUCUUUUCCUCACUCAAUAAUGGACAUGAGGCUGUUCACGUUCCUGUUCUCUGCUUUACCAUUGAUCCUGGCACAGCAUCAUGUCAAGUGUCCGACUGAGACGAUCCAGGCAGAAGAAGGUGAUGAUGUUACACUUAGGUUUGAUCUGGAUCCCCGGGUCAACCUGGUGAAUUAUACACUGGACGUUAGGAGAACUGACCUCAAGGAGAUCGUCCAUGUCUAUCGACAUGGAAAGGACCUCACUGAUCCACAGACGGAGCGAUACAGAAACAGAACAACUCUCAUCCAUGAAGACCUGAGCAGAGGAAUCAUCACACUGCAGAUCUCCUCAGUUCAGCUGGAGGACAGUGGACCGUACCGAUGUUUUGUCCCAGAGCUGAGAGCUGGUUGUACCACUGCCCUUAAUGUUGUGAAAAAAGUCCAACACAACAAGACGAAGACAGAUGAUGUCAUGACCAGCACCUCGCCACCAAACCCUGAUGCUGAGACGGUGAAUGUUGGUGCCGUUGUUGGUGGAGUUCUUGGUCUUAUUAUUAUUAUUAUUAUUAUCAUCAUCGUCCUGGUGAAACGUGGAACCAUCAGAGUGUGGAGAAGCUCUGAGGAAGAAGGAACAGGAACCAGAGAUGGAAGCAAACUGACCUCAAAUGGAGUAAUUGAUCAUCCAAGCAGCAGAAAACCGCUCAUGAAACAUCAUCACAGCGUGAACAUUGAACUAACCAGAGACUGUAUAUAAAAGGCGGACUAAAAUGAAUCAUUGAAUUUACAAACCCAUUCAACAUUGCAGGCGAUGUUGCUAAUCGAUUAUUUUAACCCACAGAGGAACAAUCCACAAAUAUUUGACAUGAUCCACAAACAUGUAGUUUUUGAUUUGUGCCGUGUAAAAUGUUUCCACAAAAAUACAGAACAAUUAGCAGAAACGUAUAAGUUACUCUGUAAAUACGUAUUUUAAUUUGACCUGAAAAUGAUACUAAACUACAUGUUUAGUGAUAUUUAUGCCAUUUUGGAUCAAAGUUUUGCACAGUUAUGGUUUGCUUCCGGUCGGUUUGUCUCGUGACAUUUGUGACCUCCCUCUUAUUUGCAUAUUUUAUCCUGUUAUUACAGCAGCUGAUCAAUAGGAAAUAAAGUUACCAGCUAAACCAGCAGGUGGCGACGUUCCCUGAUAUGAGCUUGAACUAAAUGUCUGCAGUAAAGUAAAAAGUGAAUUAUUUUAUGAGAGAUAGUAAUAUUACAACUGGAUAUUAAAGUUCGUCCAUGUCUAGCACUGAUAUGUCAGUGGUGGAAGAAGGAUUUAAAUUGUCUAUUUAAAUAAAAUACUGAAAAAUAAAGUGUAAACUGUC